UUGUUAAAUUGUCAAUCAAAGAAACUGUCAGUCAGGUCAGUCAAACGAAACGAACGUAAGAUGUCCUGCAAUGCAGUGGCCCGUAAACAGGAUUUGCCUCCUCCAGGGGGCUACAAGCCCAUCCCCUUCAAGAGGAUCCCGGCUAAACAAUUCUUCAGCGGAUAUGCUAUGUUUGCGGGCUUCAUCGGCAUGACCACAGGAGCCUUAUACCUGCACUACCUAAACUACAAGCAAGUGAAGAAGCAUGAGAUUGAGAUGCGCUCAGCCAAGAUGGCUAUUUACCCCAUGCUGCUCGCCGAGCGUGACCGCGAGUACUUGAAGCAGUUGCGCAGGAACAGGGAUGCUGAGGCAGAGCUGAUGAAGGAUGUGCCUGGCUGGGAGGUCGGCACCUACUACGGCGAGAAGGUAUACAAGCUCCUGCCCCCGGACACACUCGUCGAGCCCAUCUUCCACGAGUACUACGCCCACACCGACCCCAUCGCGUGGUACCAGCGUGCCUACAUCAAGCUAAUGACCUAAUGUUCACAAUGUUUGGGCGUCUGUGGACUGAAAACAUGUUGUGAACCUUUAAGUUCUGUUUUUAUAUUCCAGAGGGCCUAAUGAAAAUCUAAAUUUCGUUAUCUGCCUCUAUCUCAUGCCUAUUCGAGCAAUAGGCACAUAAAGACAUUUCGAUUUUUAUUUGUAUUAAAAUGUCAGUUUGAUUUUUUUAUACCACGUCGGUGAAAAACAAGCAUACGGGCUGAUCAUAAGCUAUGGCCAUGGCCUAUAAACGCCUGCAACCCCAGGGUGAUACAUGUGCGUUGUCAACCCUUUUUUGAAGUCCUGACUGUCCCUCAAGAAAACCUCGGCAGGGAGCUCAUUCCACAGCCGGAGCGUCCGCGGGAGGGUAUUCCCAAUCUGUCCCCACAAUAUGUUACGUCAAGAGUACACAAUUUGUACUAUAGCAGAAUAAUUGGAUAGAAAAUUGAUCAAUUGAACUAUCAUUUUAGUAUUAGGGGUAUAAAAACAGAGCUUAAAAGUAUAACUUUUCUAAAGAUAUGUAAUUUAAUCAUGGUCCAUGUUUUAUCUGAGAAAGCGUCGGAGUUAGUUGAAUUGGAUGUUGAUGUAGAUUGACUGCCACUGAUUUCCGUUUUUAAAACUAUUUUAUUUUAGCUGUUAAUUUACAAUUAAAUCAAUAUAAGCAGUC